AUGUGGAGUGCAGAUCGGAAUGCGCCAGUCUCUGCUCCCUUGGGUCCGACGCCGCGGAGCUCACAGGUGCCUCCCGAAUCACCAGAGGCGCAAGUGGCUUCACAGCGGAAUUCUUUAAGCGAGUCUCAUAGGGCGAUUCCAAUUGAAACCAACGCAGUCGUGAUUGCCAAUCAUGGUGACCCUUUCAUUAAAGAAGAGAGCUAUCGCGGCCGUAGUGAAUAUCUGGGUGGCAGCGUGCCGUUUGAUGAAAAUAUGGUCAAACCCGGUCGCGAAACUACAUACACCAACCCCAAAGCAUCAGAAACUGACAUGCAAAUGCUCCGUGACCAAGGAGCCUAUGAGCUACCGCCAUUGUCAGUUCAGAAAGAGCUAAUGGCCAGUUUCAACAUGCACUGUGCACCCUGGACACCCAUCGUGGACCCAAAAUGGCUGGAUGAGAGUGCGCCGCGAUCAAUGCUGCUCCUCCAGGCUAUCUUUCUCGCUGGAAGCAGAGUUUCCAAAGCUCAUCUAUACUAUGGGUCUAGCGAGGUGUUCUAUCGACGAGCAAAACUACUUUUCUUUUUCGGUGGUUGUGACAAUCCUUUGGUUUCUAUUGUGGCCGCGUGUCUCCUGCAUUGGUAUAAUCCGGUUGGUCCCGAAGAUGUCUCUACCGAUACUAGUGGUUUUUGGAUUCGGACAGCUGGAGCCAUGGCCUUUCAGAUUGGGCUACACAAGGAACCCUCGCCGAGUUCUCGAGAUCGGGGGUUCCGGAGAAGGCUGUGGUGGUCUCUUGUGGUGCGAGACAACAUCAUUUCUGUUGGUGUCGGCCGACCACGAACCAUCAAUCUACGCGACAGUGAUGUACUUCCACCAUCACUUUAUGAUUUUCCCGUGAACAACUUCAAAUCUCAAUUAUUCCUAGCCUACUGCGCGAUAUCCCGGCUUCUAGGAGACACGGUUGAGUCCCAUCUACGAAAAGAAAUAUCUCGGCAACGGCGAGUUGAUCUUGAGAACGCCGUCUACCGGUGGGCAAAACAAGUCGUUCCAAGAUUACGAUCAUCGGUCGCGGCUCAAGACGAUGCAAUUGUCUGUAACCACGAAGUGCAACAGUUGCUGGUAAUGUAUUUCGUGGUGCUCACUAUUCUUCAUCGCUCGCCUACGCCAGGUAGCGUACCACCCGCAGCAUCGCUGGUUGCAUCUUCGUUCAUUGCUGGGAUUUACGAGGAAUUCUUGCUUCGGGAUGAGCUUCGAUAUCUGGGUCCUGUCUUUGCAUUCUAUCCACUAUGCGCUGGACUGUCGCUCCUUUCCAGCUGUCGUUAUGCCAACCUGCAGAGUAUUGCCGAGCAUGAGUUAACAGUCAUGAAGCUCUCCCUUCAAAAGCUAUCCGAACGGUGGCUUUCAGCGGUCGGGCCAUUGCGUGCGCUGAACAACUUGACCGAGAAAGUCCGGGAGCUGGGUCACUUCGGGGGUUCAUCGCCUACUCUCGAUGCGGACGCAACAUCUUUCUUUCAAGGGUUCGACUCAAAACUUUGCAAACAAUGGCAAAUCAUUGGACACUCCCCCGAGCCCACAAAUGGAAAUACGGGUCUUGCGUCUACUUGCACUAUGGCGGACCUUCAAGACUCUAAUGAUGCUAUGCGGUCUCAGGACACUCCGUCGGGACAACCAGAGGACACUUACGACCUUGCCUCUCUUGACAUUAGUUUAGACCCAUUCAGCAAUAACUGGGAAGGUGCUGGAUUUGACUGGAGUGGCUCCUCGCCACUAAAUGCAUGA